AUGCGGCUACAGGAGCAUUCCCAGCAAGCUCUGUUGAGGUUUGACAGGCACUACAGCAGUCAGCAGAGCCUUCUGCGAAGGAGUGGGGUUGUCUCCAACCACCACUCUCUACAUGCAGAGAUCCAGGACAUUCAGCAGCUCGGGGUUCCGGAAGAUGUCAGUAGUCCAGUGUAUGUGGGCCUGUCCUCUAACUCUCAGAGGGAUGACCUCCAGCACAUCAUCCACAGGAUCAAGUCUGCUGAGGUCACACACAUGUCCCACUCUAACUACCCUGAUUGGGAUUCUGUUGAACCCCUGGAGAGGUUGCAUCCAUAUAGCCAGCAGCAACAGGCAAGCAUCAAGCAGCAGCUUGUUAAUGUUUCGGGCAGUUGUUUCAGGCUGCACGAGCUGGAGCUGCAGAGGGCUCUGUGGGAGGAGAGAGAGGAGAAGGUGGCAGAACAGCGGAGGGGCCGAGAGAAGGAGCUGGAGUUGGAGCAGAGGCAGUGGAUGAGGACCCAAAUCAAGACCCAGACCAAGACCCAGACCAAGACCCACGCUCCGGAAGCCAAGAAAGCAGACGUGGUGAACUGGUGGACGGCCCUCAGGGCUAAGACCAAGGUCCAGCCCAGCCAUGCCCUGUCCGAGACACAGGCCAAGCUCCAGCAGGCAGAGCACACCAUCAGAGAGAUGAGAGAGCAGGUCUGCCACCUGGAGGACACGCUGAGAACCAGCCAAGGGGGCGUCACGGGGCUCAAACCUCCUCAAGACAAGGUGGGAGUUCUUCUCCGAGACCAGGAAACCAACACAGAGAUUAAGGGGCCUGUCUGGGCUGGGGAGAAGGUCGAGAAGGAGUGCAGGGACGCAGGAGUGACUACAGACCCUCCGGAGGAGCUGGGUAGCCCAGCCGCCCUGGAGACAGAGGCACAAGGCCACCGUGUGACGGCAGAGGAGCUUCUGGAGAGCCUGAGGAGGAUGGAGGCCAUGGUGAGGGGAGCCCUGGAGACAGCAGAGCUGGUCAGAGAGGGUCAGCAGAGGGUCAGCCUGGUGAAGGAGAGGAUGGACAACAUCAGCCAGAGAGUGGAGGAGGCUUUAACCAGGGCAGAGGACACAGACUCCCAGCUCAGUGUGUUGGAAGACCGGGUCACCCACCAACCUGAGGCUCCAUGUCUCAGAGGACCACCUGAUCUGGGGUCAGCUGGUAUUGGAUGUUCCCCACAGACUAAGGCUGCAGGCAGGGAUCCCUCUCCACCCGCACCUCCACAGCAACAUGGAGCCAUCUUCCUGUCUUACGUGGAGCGCUGA